AUGAGUAAACAGGGCAGACCACAGGAUAUUCAGGGGCAAAGGUUACAAGAUUAACAAGUGACCACUUUUCUGAAGAAGGGUCUAGGCCCGAACCGUCAGCGUUCCUGCUGCGUUCAUCCGGCUCAACACCUUGUUCUCUCAGACCACGUGAGCGAACGAGUUUGGCGUGUUUGAGUCUGACUGGGAAAAAAGCCUUGAAAGUGCCGUUAAUGUUUUGCAUGGCGAGCUGCUGAAUACGAACCAGUCUCACACCAUUACCAUCUCCUUGCCCUUGUGAAAGCAGAUAUGGAUAAAGUUUUCCAAGCUGAUAGAAAAUUGAAAGCACUCACAUCCUGUGACGAUGAUUCUGAUGUUGGUUCCUGGAAAGCCUCCAUUGUUGGAGGACGAGAAGCCGUAUCCAAUUGAAGCAGCACAGGCUUCUGCAAUGACUGUGGAAACCACUGCUUAUGCCUUGCUUCAAGCAUUGUCAAGGAAUGAUAUCGACUAUGCAACACCGAUUGCGAGGUGGCUAACGAUGCAACAGAACUAUGGUGGUGGGUUUCACUCGACGCAGGUCCUUAUGGGAACAGGAAAAAUGACAAGCUGGAAAAUUUUGCAAGUAAUCUUUGGGCCAGCCUGGAAUCUUCCCAUCCUCUGGCCAUGACCUUGUGACCCUGCUUGGAGGUUGUAGUUACAGUUUCAGAAGUGAU